AUGGACUCCCUCGACAGUACACAAGGAAAUAAGACAAACCGGGUGAUCUUCAUGCUCGUCGCCCCUUCGCGCAUACAUCAAGCCACUCUUGCUCUGCUCAACGUCGAAAACCGGUUCAAUCGACGGUUUCAGUACCCUUAUGUGCUUUUUACUGCGAGUGAAGAAGAAAGUGCCAUGAUUACUGAAGAGGAAAAACGAAAGAUCGAUUGGAUUACGCAGGGUAGAGCCAAGUUCGCUGUUCUGACUGAGGAAUCAUGGGACAUUCCAGACUUUUACGACAGGUCCCGCGUCGAGGAAUCUCUCCAUACCAUUGGGUUUUCUUUUGGAUACCGAGCGAUGUGCAGGUUCUACUCUGGUUUCUUUUGGCAACACCCCGCCCUCGCACAGUACGAUUGGUUAUGGAGACUUGAUACAGACAUCGAGUUUCACUGCGAUAUUCCUUAUGAUCCCAUUGACCGUAUGAUAGAUGUCGGAGCAUUAUACGGUUUCGUCCAAGUUAACGAAGACGCAAAUUGGGUUCAACCAAGUCUUGCUCGAAAUGUAUCGGAAUUCCUUUUCGACUAUUAUCAAUCUCAUUCAACAUCCGCUGAUGUUGUAUCAAUCAAUGGGGGUCUUCCACUCGCUCCUUUAGAAGUUAACCAUGGAUUUGUAUGGCACGGCAAAGAAGGAAUAGAGAAAGCCCUUAGAGGACAAGCAGGCUCCAACGAAUGGACGAAAAUGUGUAUGUAUAACAACUUCGAAAUAUCCCAUCGUUCGAUAUGGGAAAGUGAAAUUUAUACUGCGUUUUUCAAGCACUUAGACCGGGCAGGUGGAUUCUUCUACGAACGCUGGGGAGACUCACCGGUGCACUCUUUUGGGGUAGCAAUGACGCUUCGGAAGGAUCAAGUGGUGCAAUUCCAUGACUUGGGCUAUCAACACCAAGGAUGGGCGUAUGAGUGCGCUCAACUCGACAGGUGUACUUGCUCGCAAGAGGAUGUGGCAGCUGAUUUUGACGACCAGGGAUACGCGUAA